GUAUAAAAGCCGAAGCUUCGUUUAGAUCUGUACGAAGCAGUCAAGUCGAGGCAUAAACAAUAAACAUGCAGUCGGCAAUUUUGCUUUUGAUCUCCCUCGCAUUCGCUAGCGCAUUCAACAUUCAACCAAACCCUUUCCAACCUAAACAAGUUGGCACUGAUGAUGCACUUGUUUUUGAUUAUGAAAGUGAUAUUUUACAUGGAAUUGAAGGUGCUUCACAAACUUACUCCGGACUUAAGAUUAAGGGACAACUUGUUUGUACUUAUGAAUUGGCAAGAAGACCUCUAUCUGGAUCCACUACUCUCAAAUUGAGAAAUGUUGAAAUUUUGCAAGCUAAACGUUUGGAACUUCCAACUCCUCUCAACCAAAUCCCAGUUGGUGAUAUGGCCAGAUUGAGCGAUGUUGAAGAUCUCGUCGAAAUGAUCCAAAAGCCUUUCGGUUUCAAAUUUCUUGAAUCAGAAAUCGAUGAUGGAAAGAUCUAUGUCGAAAGAGAUGAUGAAGAUUGGUCUGUCAACAUCAAGAGAGCCAUCGUUAGCGGUCUUCAACCAUUUUUACCAAAGGAAUUUGAAAAAACUCCCCAAGUAUUCAAUGUACAAGAACGUGAUAUCAGCGGAACUUGUGAUACCAAAAUCACUUACAACAAACUUUCCGGUUCUGAUGAGGUCUACGUUUUGAACAAGGUCCGCAACUUCACCAACUGUGAAGAAACCGCUUCUCCAAUCUACAAAUUCUCCACCUCUGGUCUUUCUAGAUGUUUGGAAAGAACCGAAGAUGAAUUGACCUGCAAAUACGAAUUGGUUCCAUCAAUGAAAACUCAAUACGAAAUUUUGGUAUUGGAAGGUUCCGAAACCAUCCCAGCUGUUUUACUUCAAGCCAGACAAAACUCUAUGUACUUCAUCCCAAUCACAGGAGUUAAGACCAAUACCGUCGCCGUUCACGGACUCACCUCUAUGGUCCUCAAGAAGGUCAUCAGAGACAAUGGUGAAGUUAGACCAAUCACUGGUGGAAGAUACGUUUCCAAAAACAUCGAAUUUGAAGUCAACAAGAAACAAUUGUUGCCAGAAAGAAUCUUGGAAACUAUUGAAAUGUCUGAACAAGGAAGAUUUGAGGAAGAAAUUGUUAGAGAAAUCGAAACUUUGCACGGACAAAUCAAAUUGGGAGCCGAAGAAGUUAAAGUUCAAUUGGAAAAGGUUGUUGGUUUGUUGAGAAAAUGCACUCCCACCAUGUUGAAGAGAAUCAUGAAACAAAUCAGAGAUGAAGAACAACAAACCAUUUUGAUGGAUCUUCUCCCAACUUGCGGUACCCCUGAGUGUGCUACCGUUGUUUUGGAACUCAUCGAAGAAGAAUCCGUUUCUCUUGUUAAAUCCAUUACUUACGUCAAGAGUCUCUCAUUGAAAGCUCAACCAUGCAAAAAAAUCAUUGAACAAUUGUUGAAACUCUCCGAAAGACUCCAAAAAGUCAGCUUGAAGAGAACCGUUGUCCUCGCCGUUGGAACCAUGACCGACCGUCUCCAAACUAUGUACAAGGAUGCCAGAAGAUACGAACAAGUUGAAUCUUUCGUUAACAGAAUCGUCUCCAAAUUGAUCGAUAUUGCCGAAAACAACAUCAGAACCAACAUGGAUAGAUGCAAGUGCGUCUUGAAAGCCCUCGGAAACAUCCAAUUGACCAGAGAACAAGUUUCCAAAACUCUUGACUUGGCAAAAUCUCAGAAAUAUGAAACCGAAAUAAGAAUCGAAGCUAUCGAUACCGUCAGAAAGGUUGAAUCUUUUGAAUAUUUGGAAAAGGUUCUUCUCGAAAUCUUCCUUGAUCAAUCCGAAAAUGUUGAAUUGAGAAUGCACUGCGUUAAGUUGCUUGUUGAAAAAGAAUGCAGUCUCCCAACUCUCCAAAUUAUUGUUCAACACAUCCAAUAUGAGCGCAAUGUUAACCUUCAAUCUUUCGUUUGCUCAAUGUUGAAAUCUUACUCUGAAAUGGUCUACCCAACCACUGUUGCCGCUCUUUUCAGAGAAAACUUGAAACACUUGCUCAUCACCAACAAACUCCCAGUUUUCCCAAUCCAAUACUCUCACACCUUGAAAAUGUUCGGUUUGGACAUUCCUUCUCUUUCUGGAGCUUACUCUGUCCUUCAAUACACCACCCCUGUCUCCACCCAAAUGGUUCCAGCUUGGAUCAACUAUAAAACUUACUUGACUGGUAUGGGACACGUUACCAAGCCCAUUGAAGUUAGCUUAAAGACCAAAGGAUUGCCCCAAUACCUCCAACAAGUUUUGGGAAGCAAAGUUUCCAUCAUUGCCAAGAUGCUUGAAGGUGAACUUUCUUUGGAAAAGAUCAAGGAAAUUUUCCAAGAAGAAAGCAUGAAAUUGCCAAGAGAACUCUACGAAUUGUUCAAUAACAAUGAAUACAGAACCUUGUACAUGUCCAGAGACUUCGAUAUCGAAAAGAACUUGGAAUUGAGCAUCCGUCUUUUCAACUACGAAACCAUCUAUUUGGAUGUUCCAGCUCUUAGAGAAAUCGUUGAAGAUGUUUUGAAAACCCUCAUCGUCAAAUCUUCCAGCCCAAGAGAUAUCUACUCCCAAGUUACUGAUCUCCUUGAACAAUUGCAAACUGGACUUGACAUCAGCAUGACCAAUAUUUUGGGCUCUGUCAAUGCCAUGACUCUUAUCCCAAGCCCAACUGGACUCAAUACUGCAUGGAACUCCACCUAUGCUAACAUCUUCCACAUGAGAGGACAACUUAAAAUCGUUACCGAACCAAGAAUCGAAAAAUGCAUCAAAUAUCUUCAAUUCCCAAGAAAAAUCCAUAUCGAAACCCAAAAUAAGGACUUCCAAAUCAGACACAUCUUGAUCAAGAGAAACAAAUUGGUCAGUGCUAUCCCCAAGAUCCAAACCGGUGUUAUGUAUGAAGCUUUCGUUAGCACUAUCUUGCCCAUCAACGGUGAAUUGGAAUUGGUUAGAGAACAUCCACGAAUGACUCUUAGAACCAUCUACAAACUUGCCCAAAGACAAAAGCCUUCCGUAACUGCUUACAUGAGACCAGCUACCAUCGUUGUUUUGGAAGAAAAGAAAGAAAUUAAAGUUUACGAACAAGUCACUCCAAUCCUUGCCAAGGAAACCGUUGAACCAUUCACCAUCCAAAAGACCAUCCAAUUGCCAUACCUCUUCCCAGAAAUCACCAUGGAAGUUGAAUCUUGCAUCAGAAAGACACCAUUCUCUGCUGUUCCCCUUAUGGCAUGCCCCAACAAACUCCGUCUUGUCGUUGAACAAGAAUUGGACACCCCAGUUGAACUUUUGGUUGAACUUAGACCAUACGAAAGAAUCGAAAGACCAAUCAUCAAAGAAACUAUGGAUGUCGAAAGUGCUUACCAAAAAUUGUGGUCUGGCUUGUAUGGUGAAGAUAUCGUUGAUAUGGUCAAUGAUACCGAUUCUAGAAUCCCAUUCGAUUUCGGACAUGUUGAAAAACACUUUUACAGAUCAGCAUUGAAAGUUAAAAUCCAACAAAGAUCAUCCAGCAGAUGGCUCUCAACUGUCAGACCAGAAGUAGAACUUAACUUGAAAUGGAUCUUUACCAGAAACUUCCUUCACCACCAAUUCGCUGUGUUGAUGACCCAAAAGUCUCUUCCCCAAACCUAUGUCAAGGGACACUUUGUCGCCCCAACUCUUUGCAUGAACGGAUUCUGCAACCAAAGACAAUUCGCUGGUCUUUCCGUCUUCGUUGACCAUCGCCGAAUCAGCAUGAUCAACCUCUUUGUUGAAGAUUUGAAGGAAAUCAACAAAUACUUGGGAAUCCAUCACGAACAAUGCUUCAACCAACAAACUCAACUCUUGAAAUACGUUCUUCCACAAACCGUCAGGGUUGAAAUGAGAAGCUCCCCAAUGACCGUUCAACUUCUUCCCAAGAGCGCUAUCGAAACCCUUGUUAUCCUUCAAGGCUGGAUUCACCAAAUCAUGGAACAAUACGCUGAUGUCUCUAUGAGAUACAACCCAAGAAUUGGAGUCCUCAACUACGAAUUGCUUGUCAAGAUGUGCCCAGCUUUGGGUAAGGUUGAUCUCGUUGCCAACACUAUGUUGACCACCAUCCGUGCCACCAACCUCCCAGUCUUUACCUUCCUCGUCCCUGAUGUUCUUCCAAUCCGUCCAACAACCGUCAACAGACAAUCUCUCUACAAACCAGUCUGCACCAAGACUGCCAAGAUUGUCAAAACUUUCGAAGGCAAAGUUUACCACACCUCUGAAAAGAGCGAAUGUGAAACCGUUCUUGCCAAGGAUUGCCGUCCAAGACCCCAAUGGAUGAUCACUUCCACAACUGAGGAAACCUCUCAACAAAAAAUCGAAAUCUACUACGGACAAGAAAGCCUCAUCCAAAUCGUUCCAAGAUCUUUCGGAGUUCUCCCCAAGUUGAUCGUCAACGGCAAACAUUUCAACCUCGAAAGAGAAUUGACCUCCCUCAGAAUCCCAUCUGAAUACACCACAGACCACAUCGUCUGCCAAAGACAAGGAUUUGAAGGACAAACCCAAAAAGUUAUUUGCCAAUCCGAAAUCCAAGGAUGGACUGUCGUAAGUGACGGUUAUGAAACCAAAGUUGUCAUUGCCCCAGAAAUGAGAGGAUACGUUUGCGGUCAAUGCGAAUACUUACAAGAUAGCAGCAGAUCUGAAGAGCUCAUCAACCAUGUUAUCGAAUCAGGAUCAUGCAGAAGAGAAAGAACCCUUUCCCUAAGAACCUGCCAACCUGUCUUGCAACACAGAAUCGUAAAGAGACAUCUCAGAAAGGGUGACAUGAUCUGCAUUUCUCAACAAGCUUUCCCAGAAUGCCCAAGAACUUGCAGACCAGAAAACAAAUACAGAACCUUGAAGAACGUUAACUUCGUCUGUAUGGAGAAAGAAGAAGCCAUCUCCAGAGGAUACAUCCCAGCCCAAUACAAUGAAUACACCGAAAAAAUCGAAAGCAUCGAUAGAGUCUAUGAUUUGCCAUUCACUGGAAAUGAAAUCACUGAAGAGCUUUUGGACAUUCACGAGAGAUGUUAA